UUCAGGCUCCGCUCGUCUGCUGGCUGUCUUGUCCGCGGAGGACGCCCUACCUGUGGGCUGCGGUGGUAGAUCAGGCAGCAGCACGGCGUCGGGCACUGCCAAAUCCAGGUCGCAUCUGCGAGGUAUGCCUGCCGCGGCCACGGCCACGGCAGUGGCCGUGCUAUAACCUCGAUCAUCCAGACAGUAGCUAGUGCAUGAGGUGAUCGCAUGCAUGGGUCCCACCGUCCCCUGGCGAUGGACCUGUGUGUCCGCUCGACACAGCAGCGCGCGCGCCGAUCCAGCCCUCCGGGGGCAGGCAAUGUGCGAGCGGACGUUGGAAACGUCCACGGACUGGGCCCUGCGGAGGAUCCGUCGCGGAUGACGAUCUGAGGGCCAAGGAGCAAUGCCCUCCCACAUUGAUCAUCAGGAAAGAGUGUUUCAUUGUCUGCCAUCAAACGUAUCUAGAGUUUUCGAGCGUACCGUCUGACUUCCCUCACCUUAUUCUUUGCUUAGCGACACACUGAACAGAUUUCCCCAGGUACACGUCCCAAUCUUGGCCCAGGCAAGUCCGUCCCAGGCUGUCCCAGGCGCUUUGUCCCGAGUCACCGCAUCGCCCCCGAUGGGUCGUCUACUCAGGCGUCAUCAAAACAACUGGUUUUGAUUUUCACCUAGCCCCAAGAAUGCAUUCCAGUUACGCGGGACUACUUGAGAGAUUCGCACGCGCUCCCUUCCUAGGACUCCCUGCCUGAGUUAGACGCCCUGCAAUCGGUGUUCAAAGUAGGUUUCCUAGGACUAUAAAUGCCCCCCGCUCCGACGGCCCUCCUGCUCCCUCAUUUUCCUCAUCAUUUACCUCUGCCCUCGCCCCCGCCUUUCCGAUGAGUCCUUCGCGCCGCAGCGACCCCGUGCGCGCCACGCCCAGCCCGCCAGGGUCGGGCUCCGCUAGCGCAGCCUCAAGCGCCUGUAAGUGCCUGUAUGUGGACCCUUAGCGUCCACUGACUGGGACUUCUCUAGCACCCAAACCCUCUCCCGUCGACGGCCAAAAUCUGCUUGCUCCCGUGGUGCGGAGCAAAAGGACUCCCAUUGCGUGCACCGAAUGUCGGAGACGACAAGUCAAGGUGAGGCACUGGUUUCCACACACCGUCUUCUGAGACGUGGAACCGGCAGCACGCUUACUCAUCACUCGCGUCCACGACCGCAGUGCUCAGGAGACUCGCCGCGCUGCGAACGUUGCGAGAAGCGGGGGCACAAGUGCGAAUAUAUCCCAUGCAGCCAGCAAAAGGCGUCUUCGUCCAGCAACCCCUCCACUCCCAGCGCCCCCGAGGCACAUUUCAUGCCCCAGCCAGUGUCUCCGUACUUUUCCGCCCAGUCGUCGCCGGGGUCCUCGACGUCCUGGCAGCACGCCAACGGUGCUUACCAAGAGUACUUUCCGGAUACACCGGCUGCGUACCAGCAGGGCGACCACCAUUGGCAGAACCAAGCCUACCCGAACCUAUCCCCAUCGAACACGCAGGUUCCACAGCAGCAGUUUUACGGCGGAGCUCCGGCCCAUUCGAGAGCCGCACGACCGGCGUACAGUGGGGAAGACUUCAAUCAGCCGACCUACAGCUACCAGACAUAUGGCCAGGGUACUUCGGUGCAGCCGACGAUCCCUUCGCACCCAGGGUACUCGGUCGGCUCAGUUCCCAAUGGCUAUGGUGCGCCGGAUGCGCACACGGGGCCAGCUGACCCUUCGCUAUCAUACGGCUAUGGCGGCCAUGGGCGAGCAGCCUUUCAGGCGCAUUUGCCUUCCCAGAGAGCGUGAGUACACGCCUCUCGGCUGUGGAGGGUGAUUGCUUAUGUUCCCUCGGCGCAGAACAUACUCUGGGCAGUAUCACCAUGGUGGGAACCGAGGCUAUCCCACUUCCGGGGGACCCUCUGCUUCGGACUUUACUAAUCAGGCAUGGACGUCUGUAAGUUCCACUUUCGACUCAUUGUGGACCGCACUGACGCCUUACAGGACGCUACAUUCAUGCAUGGCGCUCCGUACUCCUAGGACAAUUUCCUUUCGUGUUUUAUGCUCGUCAUGACCAUUCUCAACGCGUGUAUCAUAGAUAUUUAUGUCUGCGCCUCUCCCCUCCGUGGCUCGCCGCUCUCUCCACUGGUUCUAGAUCUGGAUUGCACGCUUUACUCCCCCCUACUGUAUUGUAUACUGCUGGUUAUAUAUGUCGUUCUCCACAUCGUACGUUGCACAAAUAAUUACUGCAUUACACUUCUUCUCUCACGGUAAAAGGCACAGGUUGGAUGAGCUUCUUGCACUGGAGGUCGAACCUAGUCUGAAGCGGUCCGUGCAGGAGCCUCACCCGGUCUCGCCGUUAGCCUGCCCCAAGGAAGGCCAGCUCUCGACCGUGACCCAUGACAUGUGAAGAGAUCGGCUGCUGUACAUUAGAGCGGCGCGAUGCCUUGCUCGUCGCAGCUGCUCUGUGGUGCCCAAGCGCAGUGGCUGACAUGUUCACAUCCGGAUGUUCUUUCCCUGCGACACGCCCUGCCUGGCGAGAAGCGAGGACUCGUGGUAUGCCUGGCUGUCGAGUACUGGUUCCGCGCCAAGGCGACGGCGCCACUGGGAUCGUUUGAGCGGUACAGGCAUCCCCUUCGAGCGGAUUCACGACGGUUGAGGCUUCCGCCGUCCUCGACGUCCUGCCCUCGGACCCUGUUGGAGCGUGAGUGCCAACAGUGGUUGCCUAUUCGGGACGGGGGUGUGGCGGUGAAUUAUCGGAGUUCUCGAAGCCUUGUUAGACUCUGCGCCUUUCAAGUUGGCAGCCGCAUGUCUCGUCGGUCGAAGGCUGCAUCAGAAGGACAAUAAGAAAAUACCGAUAAAUUGUAGGUCA